CUGCUGCUGCUGCUGCUGCUGCUGCUGCUGCCGCUGCUACCGCUGCCGCCGCCGCCGCCGCCCCUACUCGUCGGAUUCGAGUUCUAAGGGCCGAGCUAUAGGAUGGAACCCGGUGCCAGGGGCAGGUCCCCUGUGUCCCGGCGCGUCGCACAGAAGCUGGGCAACGAUCCGGUCGUCUGUAUUCCCUAUCGCCCUCGGAACGAUGCAGCCUUCGCGCGGAAGACUGCAGCCGCCGACCUCGACACGGUGACCGCCCGGCACCACGACUCCGAGGCCGACCCCAGGCGACACCCCGCCGCCGCCGAUGCCCUGUCGCUCUCCGGCACCACCCCGCCGAGCAGUCCGACCAUGGCCAGCUUCCCAGCAGCCUCCAAGUCCAUGACGCCAGAGUCCGCCAAGGCCAGCCGCCCUCACCUCGUUCUCAUAGACACUCACGGCAAGGUGGCCGCGAAGGAUGGGGAUGAUGCCUCCUUCCGGAAGCACAACCGUGGCAUCGGCUCCAUCGACUCGCUCCUUUCCUCCACCACUUACGUCAACACUCAGUCCGAGUGCAGCCGUGCCGAGUCCCGCCUCUCUCGGGAGAUCCGCAUCGAGGUCGAUGAUACCGACGACGGUGCGCCCAUUGCCCCUCACCGGAAGCCAAGGAAGCAAACCAGCAGGAUUCAACUUGCCCCGCCAAGCAUGGCUAACCAUGGCGCCUCCGGGACCUACAGUGAAAGUGAAGGUCCGGAUGGUGAGGAUGAGGAGGCGAAGCUGGUUGACGAGAUCUCAUCGUGGGUCCUGAGGAACACGUUCGGCAAGGAUAUGGAUGACUGCGCUGCCCCACUCUUGGUUUGGGACUGCACCUACCGCUAUCUUCAAGAACUCUGGACCGCAUCCCACGAGGGCAACCUUGGCUUUGUUCAGUCGACGUCCGGUCACGGCACUCCGUCGCCUCACUACGGUGGCACCCCAGGCCCGGGAAGUGGCGAUCAGCAACACGGCGGGCAUCAUGGGAAAGGGAAGAGAAAGGCGGACGGGGGCAGCGAUGACGGAAGCGGGUUUGGUGGCCGAGACAACCAAGGAAACGAAGAGAGAGAUGCCUCCCCGGCCUCGCAGGCAUACAGCACUAAAGGGAACACCACCAACUUCAGCUGUCCCUAUCGGAAACGCAACCCCCUACGAUUCAACGUGCGAGACUAUUACGUCUGCGCCACACAUUCCUUUGCCGACAUGUCCCAACUGAAAAAACAUAUCCGCGCCCACCACCCUCCCGUUCAGAGAAACGCGGGCCUUUUUCAUUGCCCUCGAUGCGGUCAGGGGUUCGUUUCGAAAACCGAUCUAGAUUCGCAUCUACGCCAGGUGGACGUUUGCCACGUCUCGUUUGACAGUGGCGGCGCGGACCCCGAGGAUGGGAUUACCCAGAAAAUCAUCUCGUCCUUGGAAGCCAGGAGCCUCAAAGCCAAGAUCGACAACUGGGUCUCAUUGUGGAAACUCCUUUUUCCAGCUGAUCGAACCAUCCCCGAUCCAGUGUUCGUCCCGGUAAUGGAGAUAUAUGACUUUGUUGCAGAGUCCAAGAAAUUUCUGGCUGUGCUGAGCGAUCUCCUUGGUAUUCAGUACCAUCACGUCCUCGGAGGAGCCACCGAAGUGAUGAAUGUUGAGCUCAAGAUCCGUCAAGGCAUUGAACGGAGCACGGGAUCGAUCUAUAACUGGAUCGAAACCGUGGUGCAGGAUUGGGAACAGAGGAUAGCUGGAACGGUCUCGCUUUUUACGAGCUCAGCCAUCAGCCAACCGGCCACGAGCGACAGUUGGGCUUCCACUCCCCACCUCCCUCCUUCCCCCGCUCCAACAACCACAGUUGUGCCUGGUAAUGCUGCCGCCGCCACGAGCGGUACCCUGCCUGGGGCCGAAAGUCCCGGCGCGCCAGCUCCCGCUGGCCUCAGGGGCACUUCUGCUAGGAGACGUCCCAACCCGCCACCCAAACGAAUCAAGCGGCCCGAAAUCCUGCCCAAGGCCCCAGCGCCGACCCAAAUACCAUUGCCAAUACAACGAGCACGGACACCUCAAUCGCAGUCAAGAGUCGUCAGCAAUGCUUUUAGACCGCCUCCCACGGUCCUCCCGAGCCAGUCAGUUCCCUUAGCGCCAUCAACCACCCAGGGUAUCAACCCAGGUCAACCCUAUCAUACGAGCUGGGAAACCCCGGCGGUUACAGUUACCACCGCUUAUCCUGUUCCCUACACCAGCCCAGGUGAUGUUUUCCAGCAUCCGGCGAUGACCCCUGGCCACUACGGCUCCAUCCACCCGAACCAACUCGACGUCCAAGCCGCCGCAUAUCUAGGGUCGGAGCAAUCCGAGACCAUGUCACCCGACGCGAUGCAGCACGAUGUCGACCCGCGCCCACAGUCAGCGGCCACCAUUCAAGCAAACCGGUUGACCAUGUCUACAACUCCAAGAUCCUCGCUCGCCAGUCUCCUCUGGAAUCGCGACGAAAAUCGGGACUCGAGCCAGACGCUAGUUGAAGCACACCCGGCGGGGAGGUGCGCCAAUAUGUACUGCCCGAGCUGCAACAAGACCAUGCCGGACGAUAUGGCCGCGCAACCGUCCCCCGUCGGCAUACACCCCGUCACGGGGGCUCCACAUCACCAUGUUUUCCAUACUGCGGGCCCGGGACAGGGAGGGCCCUUCCAACCCUCCCCCAGCCCCAACGAGGUACACGGAUUUACGGACCAAGUGGAGUGGUACGCCGUUGGGGGAGGACAUGGCACGGGGGGUAAUGAUAAUAUGUUUGGGGGAGGACACCACGGGCCGCGGGAGGGGUACUAGCACGGGAGUCGGGCUCCCUGUUUUGGCUAAUGGGAAGCAGGAAAAAGAUGUUUUCUUUUUUGGAUACCAUAUUUGUUUCAUGUAUACUAACAAAAUAACAAGGAUUUUGUACUAAUGUAAUGCCAGAUGCAACAAACGCGGAGGGUGAGAACUGGGGGACAUAUAUACAUACACGAGGAGGAACGGCGGGAUAUGUGGUGAUAUGGCACACUACACGAGGUUAUGAAUGAUGUAUCCAUUAGCUUUUUGUAUGAUCUGUCUUAGAUCUUUUAGCGUUGCUUAGUGGCAGAAGCGCAGCCCUAGGCAGGUGUAAUUCUAGUGUGUAUCUGAGGAACCAUGGGACUGAUUUUGAAGCACCGUACUAGCCGCGAGAGUACGCUCGUCACAGAUGUCUUGCGUUUCCCAUUUUCUCAUGACUGGAGAAGGUAAAGAAAAGGGCUGGCUGCCACGGGGAUAUGGCCCAUUCUGACUGCUCC